UUCUACGCCAUGAAAGAUUCACUCGUUUUCGCAUACUAUUGCUCUGGGCAUGGCUAUGGCCAUGCGACACGCGUAUCCGCGUUUGCUCGCCACCUCCUUAACCUCGAUUCUCGGACGACGAUACACAUAAUCUCGUCUGCUCCAAAACAUGUUUUCAACGACAGCAUUAGUCUCGGGGUCCUAUACCGCUUCGCCGAGAUUGACCCAGUCGUUGUACAGCCUGUGGCAUACCGGGUCGACCGUCACAAGAGUGUUGAAGCUCUAAGGUCCUUUUUAGCACGCAAGGAAUCUCUUUUGGAGCAAGAGCGACGGUGGCUCCUCGACAUACGGGCUGACUGUGUUCUUAGUGAUGCUGCCUUCCUUGGAUGUCUUGCCGCAAAUGCUGCGGGGUUGCCUUCUAUCCUCAUUUCAAAUUUUACAUUCGACUCUGUGUACAGCUUCCUUUCAACGAAAUUCGUGGACCAAGUCGAUGCACCUCUAGGAGAUGAACUUUUGAUUGAUAACCACACUUCGGACCAUCCGAUCCCAGAAGGAGAGCUUAAACCCUUGGUUCAACAAAUAUAUAAUGGUUACCGCUGUGCGGACCUUCUUGUUCGACUUCCUGGAUGUAUACCUAUUCCAUCGUUCUCGACCUUCCCGUCGUUACCGGCGCCACCCUGGACUGACCAGGGCAGCAACACGCUACUAGAUGAGAUUGUAUCUCAUCUUGUUCAGAAGCCCGAUACACACCUACUCCGUCCUUCGAUACCUUUCGCCGACUCGCACCCUAAGAAACCGUUUGCACGUAGCAUCAUCCAAGCUCCUCUUCUCGUUCGUGGUAUUAGCAAAGGACCAGACACAGUUUACUCGCCUAUUGGUCGAUCCCGAUUUCUUUCGUCGCUUGGUGUGCCCGAACAUCUACACAAUCCAGAUAAGACGAAGAUUCUAAUCGUUUCAUUUGGCGGACAGGUCUUCCAGAGGCCCGCUUCCAGUCGCAGCAGCAGCACGGGUAACUCAAGUCCAGGAUACAGAACACCUCCUACGGGGCUACAGCAGCUCACUGAUAGCCCACAAUUGUCAAAGAUCCCUCUUUGCAGCGAUGCUCUCAAUAAAACGAAUACGUCACACUGCUGUCACAGCGCCCCUCCUGUCAUAAAGCCUGAGCGUAGCCCUACGUUUGACAAGUUGUGCGCGAUGUUGACCAAAACAGAGUCGUGUUUGAAGAAUGACGUCACCCGUUCAUAUUUCGAUACCUCCGUUUCGGACAUAAUGCUUGACCAUGCCGUAAAUGACUUCGAUGCACGGCUGUUACCGGACUCAUCUUGGAUCGCGAUUGUAUGUGGAGUGUCAAAAUGGGGGCAGGAUGGGGCAGACGAGAACCCUCCUGACAGGUUUUUUGUCGCCCCGAAGUACGUCUACAUGCCCGAUCUGACAGCUGUCGCAGAUGUUCUGCUUGGAAAACUGGGAUAUGGAACAGUUUCGGAAUGCGUCGAUUCUUGCACGCCUUUCGUUUAUGUCGCACGUCCACUUUUUGUGGAAGAGCAUGGCCUGAAGCUCCUGCUCGCACAAGAAGGAGUCGGAAUCGAACUCCCUCGAGUCGCUUAUGAGGCUGGCGACUGGGCUUCUGCUGUGGAGGAGGCAUGGUCGCUGGGCCGCAAUGCGAAAACGGAAAUGCGUAGGAAAGGUAUGUUAGGUAUUGAAAUGAAUAAGCGAGAAGAAGAAGGCACGUUACUUGCGGGACAAGUGACGGAUUGGGUCAGGGCAUGGCACGAUUCGAUAACGCAGAGGACGGUGUCUGAGAUCUGAUGUCUGUCACGAUAGAUUGUUAGAGGUGACCUUUGUCUACAUUAUUACAUACUAUACGUUAGUAUAUACCGCACGCUCAGGGCUGCGCUUGCAUAAUACACCAAUUGAAGAGUCGUACGAGUAUCACUCACAUCAUGCGCUGCUUGAAGCUACGA